AUGUCUACUAAUACUGAAACAACAACAACUGCAACCAUUACCACUACAACUCCAGUGUCACAAGACCCUGAAUUUCAAGUACCAGAAGACACCGUUCUUACAACUACGCAAGAUGCAGAAUCACAAUCACCAAUUACUCGUGUUAUUGUAAUUGCUAUUGACCAUUCAACUCAUAGUCAACAAGCAUUCUAUUGGGCGCUUAAGAAUUUCUUACGAAAGGAAAACGAUUUGGUUGUGUUGGUCAACGUUCGAUCGAUUCCGACAGUUCCUGGUCCAUAUGGUAAGUUGCCAGGUCCUUAUGCAGCAAUUGGAGCUAGUUAUAUGGAUUUCAGUGAAGUCGUAACAAGUUUGGAAGAACAGCAUCGACUUAAUAGUCAUGCAUUACUACAAGAAUUUGCUUCGAAAUUAAAGGCUCAAAAUGUUCCUAUAGCAAUGAAAGGUGAUGCACGUGAUGAAAUUGUUCGAAAAGUGGCCGAGCUCAACGCUGACGCAUUGGUGAUCGGGUCACGUGGCUUAGGAGCAUUAAGACGCACACUUUUAGGUUCAGUAAGCGACUAUUGUAGUCAUAAUUGUCAUUGUUCUGUAAUCAUCGUAAAGGAACGAGUUGAUCAAAAAGAUCAAAAACAGUGA